GCGGCGGAGGGAUACACACCGGACCAGCCAGCCGCUGCGUCAGUUCAGCCCAGUUUGGUUUAAUCGAGAUAAAUAUGGCGACACAUCUAAGAACUCCAACCAACUCUUUGGAUGAAAGGUGCGGAGUUUGUGCUCCAAACCGCCAGGGGGCGAUUAAUCCAACUGGAUAUCAACCGCUCAGGUGAAGAAGCAGCAGGUCGGAAAUGCGCAUGUGCAAGCGGAAGUUUACAUGACAGGAGAGUUUACAAGGACGCGAGUUUUUGUGAUUUAAAUAAAAGCACGACGAAGAAUCAUUAGGGGAAAAGGUACUCCUGUGCGGGCAGCGGUUCGGUAGCAUGGCCUGUCUGAGUCCGGUUCUGUGUGGCGGAACCAGGCUGAUCAGGUACCUUCCCGGGAUCAACGUGCUGGUUCACAGCAUGGCUGCGCACAGGUCCGAGUCCGCAGCGGCAUCCUGCGCGGUGAGGAGCUCCGGUCCGCCCAGAUUCAGACCAACUGGAUCCGACCAGAACCUCCUGGACCUUCACCUGUCUGACCCAGCGGGAACACAGCGCCCCCUGGAGGCAGAAGGAGAGCACUACAGGCUCCCAGCCUUCCAGAUAACCGGGGGGCUGCCAGGAGAAGAUGGAUCCCAGGAGGUUCUUCCUCCUCCUCCUCUUCCUCCUCCUCAGCUUUCCGGCUCUGACUCCAGGGUGGAGUGCGCCGUGCUCUCCUGCCCGGAGUCUCUCAGGAAAGAUUUCCUCUCCAUGUUCCCAGAAGCGCCCUCCUCUGACAUGAUGAUCAUCACGGUGACCCAGAGGACCCAGAAUGACAUGACGUCAUGGAGCGCUGCUGUGGAGCAGGAGAGGGAGCAGCUGCUGGAGAGGUUCGUCCAGGGAGCCCAGGAGAUCUGCCUGGCCCUGCAGGUCGCAGGCUUCUGGGCCGACUUCAUCGAGCCUUCCUCUGGCCUGGCCUUCUUCGGCUCCUACACCAACAACACGCUGUUUGAGACGGAUGAGCGAUACGCUCAGCUGGGCUUCCACCUGGAGGACCUGGGCUGCUGCAGGGCGAUCCGGCACCGCCUCUGGGGAACGCACGUCUUCGUUGGCUCCAUCUUCACCAGCGCCCCGUCCAGAGCCUUCAUCCUGGAGAAGCUCCACAGCAUCUAAACAGACAGACAGACCCAAGAACAGAACUGAUCCCUCUCUCUAUUUGACUUUAGAAAUGUCACAGAAAUAUGUGAAAUCUAAGAAAAGUGAAAUAAAUGUUUGCUUUAAGAGAAAAUGGGGGGGGAAAAAAAACUUGAUUUGCUCAAUCCACCAGUUUUGUUCACUUUUUCUAAGGUGUUCUGUGAUUUAUUAAGGAUGUGGAGGUAAAAAAAAAGUGUCAGAAUUCAAUAAAUAAGCUAUUUACUUAAA